AUGGCUGGCACCACGCUGGCUAUGCGCUCAAUGGCCUCCCGGUCCAUGAUGCAGCUGUCAUCGGUGUCGCGUCGCUCCAUCGCGACCUCCAACGCCCUUCGCGCGGCUCCCAUCCGGUCCAACAUCUCCAUCUCGCGCGUCGCCCGUCGCGGUUACGCCGAUGCCGCUCCCACUCCCUCCCCGGCUCCGAAGCCCAAGAAGCGCUUUCGCGCUCUGCGCUGGGCCUGGCGUCUGACCUGGCUGAGCGGUCUCGGCUUGACCGGCGCCCUGGUCUAUAGCAUCUAUUCUUUGCGUCAUCCCGAGGAUCAGUUCGAGGUCGACCCCGAGAAGAAGACCUUGGUCAUUCUUGGUACCGGCUGGGGCUCCGUCUCUCUCCUGAAGAAGCUCGAUACUGAAAACUACAACGUCGUCGUCGUCUCCCCCGCAACUAUUUCCUCUUCACCCCUCUGCUGCCCUCAUGUACUACCGAAGAAAGCUCAUGUGAAGUUUUUCGAAGCCGAGGCCACCAAGAUCGACUACGAGAAGCGUGUGGUUCACAUCAGUGACGACUCCGAAAUUAAGGGUGAAAUCUCGAACACUGAGGUUCCCUUCGAUAUGCUUGUGAUCGGCGUUGGUGCCGAGAACGCGACUUUUGGGAAUGCAGGUAUUCCCGGUGUUCGCGAGAACUCGUGCUUCCUGAAGGAGGUCAACGAUGCCCAGAACAUCCGUAAGCGUAUUAUGGACUGUGUCGAAACCGCUAUGUUCAAGGAUCAGACCGAAGACGAGGUCAAGCGCCUGCUGCACAUGGUUGUGGUUGGUGGUGGCCCGACUGGUGUCGAGUUCGCCGGUGAACUGCAGGAUUUCUUCAACGACGACCUGAAGAAGUGGAUUCCUGAGAUUCAGGACAACUUCCACGUCACCCUGGUUGAAGCUCUGCCCAACGUGCUUCCCAUGUUCUCCAAGCAGCUGAUUGACUAUACUGAAUCCACCUUCAAGGAGGAGGAGAUCACUAUCCGUACCAAGACCAUGGUCAAGAACGUCACCGACAAGUACAUAGAGGCCCAGGUAACCAACCCCGACGGCAGCAAGUCCAUCGAGAAGAUCCCCUACGGUCUCCUGGUCUGGGCCACCGGUAACGCCGUCCGCCCCGUGGUCCGCGACCUCAUGAGCCAGAUCCCCGCGCAAAAGGACUCUCGUCGUGGUCUUGCCGUCAAUGAGUACCUUGUCGUCAACGGUGCUGAGAACGUUUGGGCCGUUGGUGACUGCGCCAUCACCAACUACGCUCCGACUGCCCAGGUUGCCGGUCAAGAGGGUGCUUUCUUGGCUCGCCUGUUCAACACCAUGGCCAAGACUGAUGCCAUCGAAAAGGAGCUCCAGACCCUGUCGAGCGAGCAGUCGAAGGCCAAGAGCGACGAGGAGCGUAACCAGGUCUUUGACGAAAUCCGUGAGCGCCAGAAGCAGCUGCGGAGAACCAAGCAAAUUGGCCCAUUCCAGUACUCUCACCAGGGUUCUCUGGCUUACAUUGGCAAGGAGCGUGCCGUCGCCGAUAUCAGCUGGCUGAGCGGCAACAUUGCUAGUGGUGGUACCUUGACCUACCUCUUCUGGCGCAGUGCCUACCUGAGCAUGUGUUUCAGCUCCCGCAACCGUGUCCUGGUCGCCGUCGACUGGAUCAAGGCCCGCCUGUUCGGCCGUGAUGUCUCUCGGGAGUAA